CGCUCGCAACAUAACAGCUCCCAACACCCCUCAUUGAAACAACCCCAUCCCCUAACACCAUCCACCCCUCAUUGAAACAACCCCAUCCCCCAACACCCCAUCUCCCAAAACCCCAUCUCCCAACACCCCAUCUCCCAGCACCCGAUCUCCCAGCACCCCAUCCCCCAACACGCCGACCCUGGGUUUGACAUCCAUCGAAUAACCUUCGAAAAUUUCAACGAAAUUUGUCAAGGACAUUCCAACCGAAAGAUAACGCUGAAAUGAAAGCAGAAGUCGUCCGCCAUUCACACGUGGAACCUCAGCAAAAGCUGGACAUGUAAGUGCUUACAUUAUUUUACUUAUGCCGUAGAUAUUUCAAGUUUGAAUUGAUGUUCUGUGUGAAAAUAUAGUUCAUAAGAAGAUCGCGAAUGGACGACGGAGUCGCGAAUGCUGGCGGUGGUUAGAUUUAUGAGUAGACGUUCAAAUAUGCUCAGCCCAAAGUUGUAGCAGUGCUACACCUGAGCCUAUGAUGAGAUUCUUAGGACAUGCCAAAAUUAUAUAAAAGAUUAGAAAUAUCUUCCGGUAAUGAUGUAAUUAUUAUUUUAUUUUUUAUUUUUUUUUUAUUUUUAGCAGCGCAAUGUCAUUAUAAUAUAUGCAACAGAAAACUAUACUGGAUGAUAUACAGUGCUUCCUUGCCUGCGCCCGCCCGUGCUACCGUUGUCUUGGAGGAAGGGGCCGAGGGUAAAGAUAACAAGAUAAUACGAGUGUUGAACGAUAUUUCUAACCUUUAUUAUAUAAUUUAUUAAACUAUAUUAUUAAAACAUGAUUAGGAACCUCCAAAAAUUGUCUUCUUCUUGUUGUUUAUCUUGAUAUGACAUUUUGAAUGAUAAUUGUCUAUUUGUGUUCAAUUGUUUGCAUAGAAGAAUCUUGAAGAAAGAGGACAAUGGCGGCAGCACAGACUGCUCAUCUCACAAAGUUGGUCCUUCAGGACCCGUCAGAGUACCGACCGGAACACCGGGACGCCAAUGCUUUCAGGGAUUUCCGUAUUCACAAUGUCCCGGAGAGAGUCGUCAAGACGUAUGACUUGAUGCAUACCAAUCAGACAGUGGACUUUGUAAGGGUAGGUAACCACACCAACCAGACAGCAGACUUUGUAAGGGUAGGUAACUACACCAAUCAGACAGUGGACUUUGUAAGGGUAGGUAUCCACACCAAUCAGACAGUAGACUUUGUAAGGGUAGGUAACUACACCAAUCAGACAGUAGACUUUGUAAGGGUAGGUAUCCACACCAACCAGACAGUAGACUUUGUAAGGGUAGGUAACUACACCAAUCAGACAGUAGACUUUGUAAGGGUAGGUAACUACGCCAAUCAGACAGUGGACUUUGUAAGGGUAGGUAACCACACCAACCAGACAGUAGACUUUGUAAGGGUAGGUAACUACGCCAAUCAGACAGUGGACUUUGUAAGGGUAGGUAACUACACCAAUCAGACAGUGGACUUUGUAAGGGUAGGUAACCACACCAACCAGACAGUAGACUUUGUAAGGGUAGGUAACUACACCAAUCAGACAGUGGACUUUGUAAGGGUAGGUAUCCACACCAAUCAGACAGUAGACUUUGUAAGGGUAGGUAACUACACCAAUCAGACAGUAGACUUUGUAAGGGUAGGUAUCCACACCAACCAGACAGUAGACUUUGUAAGGGUAGGUAACUACACCAAUCAGACAGUAGACUUUGUAAGGGUAGGUAACUACGCCAAUCAGACAGUGGACUUUGUAAGGGUAGGUAACCACACCAACCAGACAGUAGACUUUGUAAGGGUAGGUAACUACGCCAAUCAGACAGUGGACUUUGUAAGGGUAGGUAACUACACCAAUCAGACAGGGCACUUUGUAAGGGUAGGUAACUACGCCAAUCAGACAGUGCACUUUGCAAGGGUAGGUAACUACACCAAUCAGACAGUGCACUUUGCAAGGGUAGGUAACUACGCCAAUCAUACAGUGGACUUUGUAAGGGUAGGUAACUACACCAAUCAGACAGGGCACUUUGCAAGGGUAGGUAACAUUUAAAGAGUCUGAUAGCACAGGAUAUGUCGCUGCGUUGCUCACUGUACUAUAUCCGUAAUAUCCCAGGAAAGGAUGGCCUACUGGCUACGAUUCGACCACGGCGAGUACAGCAUCAUGGAGAUACUCGACAAGUUGAAUGAGCUCGUGGAUGAGAGCGACCCUGACAUCGACCUGCCCAACUCCUACCAUGCCUACCAGACGGCCGAGGGGAUCAGGAGACAUCAUCCAGACAAACCCUGGUUUCAGGUGAGUCAUAGCGAUCUCUGAUUAUCAUUGACAUCAACCAAACACUAGAAGAUCCCUGAAUGUUAUUGACAUGAACCAGACAGACAGUUUCCUGAAUUUCAAUAACAUCACGGAAAAAGACAUAAUAUGAUAUGGAGAUCCAUCAAUGUCAUUGACAUUAAAAAGAUAACCAUGGGAGAUCCCUUAAUGUCAUUAACAUCAACACAUAAAAGUGUUUGAGCUUUUGUUAAAUUAUGUUUAUGCAAGUGCAGCAUCUUAUUUUUAGUCCUAAUUUCACGUGGCCGGGGGGGGGGGGGCAUUUUUGUUAACCAAGAAAAAAUGACGUAUAGGGAUUCAAUAGGGACGUCGGCAGGGUUUGUGGGAAAUGUGGGUAGUCUCAUUAUGUCUUAAAGUAGGAAAUCACCACUCGGCUUAUCUUCUACUGAUACCCCUGACAGUCGGAUUACGGGGUGGGGGGGGGGGGGGUUGAUGUACAGUAACCUGUGGGAAAAAAUAUCAACUUACAGAAUAACAAAACAAUCCGAGUUAUCUUAAAUGGUCACUUGACUCACUUCAGCCACGUAGUUCAAGUCACGUGAUCGCUUGUAAGAUAACCGCAGAAAACUCAGGUAGGUUUCCAUGACUGGAAAUGAUACCGCCCUUCCCCCCCCCCAAACACACUUAUCAUCCUCAAGACAACAAAUACCCACUGAGUGAAACCUACCCAGGAACCCUGAAGUCUAGGUGAGAGCAGUGGAUACAUAGGCCCAUUAGCGUCAGGGGGGGAAGGGGGGUGCGCAUCGCCCCUGGUGGCACUCUCUUAUGGAAAUUGGAAAAUUGCCGAAAUUGCCAGAGUUUGUUUGGAACGGUUUCAUAACAGAACUCAUGGUGUCACCAGACGGAGACACAGUGCCACCAGACAUGAAAGCAUGCCACCAGACAGACCAGAGUCACCAGACAGUACAGAGCGUCACCAGACAGAGCAGGGUGCCACCACAACAGGUUGCAACAGAACAGGUUGUUGCCACAGAUUGUCAGGAUGCUACCACAGCAGGAUGCUACCAGAGCAGGAUGGCAGCACACCCGGAAGUAUGGAAAUGGAGAAAACGUGGGGCAGGGGGGGGGGGGUGGGGCGCGCGGUGAAAAACGAGUUUACCCCAUUUGGUGACACAAACCCAACCAUAAUGACCCCACUGGUUACGCCUACAAGAACAGUUCAGGUCCCUCUCCACAGCAGGAUGCUACCAGAGCAGGAUGGCAGCACACCCGGAAGUAUGGAAAUGGAGAAAACGUGGGGCAGGGGGGGGGGGUGGGGCGCGCGGUGAAAAACGAGUUUACCCCAUUUGGUGACACAAACCCAACCAUAAUGACCCCACUGGUUACGCCUACAAGAACAGUUCAGGUCCCUCCAAGGUCUUCUAGAAUCUAGACAAGGGAGAUUCCACACUACGACAGUUUCCACGCCAUCUCUACAAAGCCUCAUCCGCAAUCCUAACCCCACAAAUCCCAUUCCCAACGAACUCAAAAAGAAAGAAAAAAGUUAGGCACUCCCUAUAUUAAAGUAGAUCAAGUGUACAAGUUACGCCUGCAGUUUUAAUCUCAUAUCUCAUUGACUCCCUACGCUGGCAUGAUGAAAACUCAAUAUAAAAAAGCUUUUAAAAAAACUUCACAAUUUUAUCAUUAUCUUGUUGUUUGUUUUUUUUUUCUUUAAAAGUUUCAAAACUCUAAAGGGGGGUAACUGGAGGUUUAAAGUUAAAAUGUAACUGUUAUUAUUGCGUCCCUUCAAAAGAUCAUUGUAAAAAUUGAAAUCUAUUAAAUAUUAAUGUAUUUUAAUGCAACCAUCAGUAUCUAUCUAUUAUUAUCUUUAUUCAUUUAAAUAAUUGUCUAUACAUUUAUUAUUAUCUUUUUAUGUUUCACUGACCCUUCCAACAGCUGACCGGUCUGAUUCAUGACAUUGGUAAAAUCAUCUCGUUAUGGGGCGAGCCACAAUGGGCAGCCGUGGGGGACACAUUUGUUGUUGGUUGUGCCCCAGAGCCCUCCAUAGUCUUUGGUGUGGAGAGUUUCAGGUAAGUAGUGUACUGGGUGUCCCCCGGACUGAUUAAGUAGCUUUUAAUAAAUGCCCGCCAAUAAGCAUGGUCUUUUUGAAAACAAAUUUGAAUUUCAGAUUGCCACAAGUGGAAUUUUUAAUACCCAAUUAAACUGAAUGAAAUCAGAGACUACCCAAAUUCUAGCCACAGCGAUUAAAACAGAGAUUUGUAUAUAUGUUUUGUGUGACCAAUCGUUUCAGCAAAAACCCAGACCUGCAGAAUCCCAAGUACAACACCAAGUUGGGGAUGUACACACAAAACUGUGGUCUAGACAAUGUGCUCAUGUCGUGGGGACAUGAUGAGUACAUGUACAGGGUGCUGAAGGUGAGAUUGUCAUUUAUUAACAGGGAGGUUAGAGUAGAGUGGUGCUUGGGGGUGGGGGGGGGGGGGGGGGGGCUAUUUAUCUGGAGAUGAUGAGUACAUGUACAGGGUGCUGAAGGUGAGACAGUGAUUUAAUACUAAAGAUCUGCUUUAUGGGAAAUGUAAACCUUAAAAAAUGUCAGUGGCUCUCAAAGGGUCCAGGAGCUUUAAAAUAAUUAAUUGACAAUGAAAUGGGUAAUACAAAAAAUGAUAAAUACCAAAAUGACAGUUUGACCACAAUGAAAGCUGUUUGGGGAGAUGUAAUUAUUGUAAUACCAAAAUGACAGUUGACCACAACUAAACACAAAUAAUUUGUCUUUGAAAUUAUAAAUCUAAUGUGAUCAUUUAGCCUAUAUAUUCUAGACUAAUUUGAUCAUUUAGCCCGAUGGUUCUCAACCUUCCUAAUGGCAUGAUCCUUUAAUACAGUUCAUGUUGUGGCGACCCCCAACCACAAAAUAAUUUCAUUGCUACUUUAUAACUGUAGAGUAUAUGUGUUUUCCGUUGGUCUUAGGCGACCCCUGGGAAAGGGUCGGUCGACCCCCAAAGGGGGUUGCGACCCACAGGUUUAGAACCCCUGAUUUAGCCUAUAUAUAUUAGACUAGUGUGAUCAUUUAGCCUAUAUAUUCUAGAAUAAUGUGAUCAUUUAGCCUAUAUAUUCUAGAACAGUGCGUGCCCAGUUCUCACUCCACACCUUGGCAUCUUCUAUUACAAUGAAUAGAAUUGAUACAUUUAGUAACAAAGCUGAAAAUGUUUGGUUUGCAAGGGGAGCAAAAAAUCAUAACUUUGCAUUUGAACAGCCUAUAUCUCAAUGAUUGCCCAUUUCUGGACAUAACACAACAUCUGUUCCACCCCAACUCCCAAUUCCUUACGGUAACAGGCGAACAAACACAGCUUACCUGAGGAAGCCCUCUACAUGAUUCGGUUUCACUCCUUCUACCCGUACCACUCGUGCGGCUCCUACUCCCACCUGACCAAUGACAAGGACCAGCAGAUGAUUCCGUGGAUCAAAGAGUUCAACAAAUUUGACCUGUACACCAAGACCGGGGACCUGCCGGACGUGGACGAACUGAGGCCGUACUACCAGAGCCUUGUGAACCAGUACCUGCCGGCCAGAAUCAAGUGGUAGCGUUGUUAUGGUCUCUAAGCGGUUGUGGACUGGUUCUGUUGAUUUAACCCGGUGAUGCAGAGACUGCAGGUGUAGGCAGGCAACUGUUGAAAAGCCCAAAGGGUGACUUAAACAGGGUAACAAAACAAAUAAUUUUAUGGCACAUUCAGAUGUUUCAGUGGACUUGGCUCUGAGGGCAAUUAGAUUUUAAACUUUAUCUCAUAUUAACCAAUCAUUAUGUUCCUGUGUUAUUACACAAGAAGUGGUUGUAACAAGGUCUUAUAUAAAUAACAGAUUCACUAUUCCCAAAUUUUUUCAUUUAAAUGCUUCUUGUUUUUAACUAACAGUCUGUUUAAAUUUAAUUAAUUAAUUAAAUCAGUGAUUUCUUUUAAAAGGAGGAAUAUUUAUUAAGGAGCAUAAAUCUGGCUGAUACAAGGUGCAAAAAUUUCAUGAAUAAUUCCCUUUGUGACUAUCUAGCUUACAUUUACAUAUUCAAUAUUUUUGAAUUGGCUGCGUCUAUAGGUACCCGGGUACCUAUGGUCGCCAAUGACUAUUCGCACCCGGAGUGGCUCCGUACAUAUUAAAUGGCUUCGGAGCCGGGUGUGAUAACAAUAAUAGUAAGAAAAUUAUUUUUUUAAAAUUGUUUUUACUCCUUGUUACUUCAUUAAUAGUUUUAUUAUUUUUAGUUGUUUUUUUAUUUUUGCUUUGUUAAUUUCUCUUAGUACCGGUAGAUUUUUUUUCUUUAUUUUCUUUUUUUAGUUUAAGCCAUUUUCGUAGAUCAAUUAUUUUUUUUUAAAUCUAGUAAUGAAGAUGAUUUAGAUACAUUUAUUGUUUUCAUUUGAAUUUUAGAAAAUUAAUAAUAUUAAUUUAAUUAUUAAAAUUAAAUCCUUUAUUUAAGAUUAUUUAUGUGUAUUGUUUAAGUUAAAAGAUUUAAUCACACAGUACUUUAUGAAUUAAUUAGGUAUUCUAAAUAAUGAAAAUUUAUUAAUUUAAUUAUUAAAAUUAAAUCCUUUAUUUAAGAUUAUUUAUGUGUAUUGUUUAAGUUAAAAGAUUUAAUCACACAGUACUUUAUGAAUUAAUUAGGUAUUCUAAAUAAUGAAAAUUUCAUUUAUAAUGAAUUAAUUUCCAAUAUUCCUCUAGAGAGCUUGGCUUAGUCAGAACAAAACCACCAAAUUUAAACCUUUUCCUUGGCACUGGGAGUCAUACAUGCGGACAAUGACUGUUUUUCCUGAUAUCUUGAAUCUCCUUUCAACAACCUUUCUCAUUUGACUUGACCUAAUUCACAAGGUAGUUGCAAUGAACAUCUUAAAGUUAAAGGAUGCCAUUGUAUAAAGUAUGAGAAGGAGACUUAUUUUUGGAGGACUAGUCUUUUUGUUUUUACCCUACUUUGCCAUUUGUCUCCUUUUACUUUCUCACCUUCCUUGUUGGUAUCCGUACAGUUAACUAUUGUUUGUACCGUAUCAUUUCUUCAUUUAAGUACAGAAGUAAUGAUUGAGUGGGAGCAAAUAUAUGUGAUCUGUGAAGGGAGUUUGGUUUCAAGGCAACUAAGUCAUGCCACAUUGAAAAUAAAAUACUGAUAACCUAAAUAAAUAGAGCCCUUGAAAAAAAUACAGUACAUACAAACCAUACACAAACAGAAAGACAAAAAUCCAAUAAAGUUUGUUUUUUAAAUUUGUUGUGACUUUUAUUGCAAAAAAUUAAACAUUAAAUACCACUUUUGAAUUUACGCAAAAUGAAUAAAGACAAAUUUAUAUUG